AUGUUUGAUAUCUCCACGGGUGUAGCGCAGCAGAUUUGGCUCAUGGGCAUUGUUAGCUGUGUCGCCAUUGUCGCGGCCGGGUAUUUACAAUUGCAUCAGAUGCACGGAGAGCUCAAGCUCCAUAGCGAAAAGAUGCUGGCGGAUGGCAGCCCGGCCAAGUCUCGUGGUUGGAGAAAGCCGGCACCGAGACGAAGUGGCGUGCAAAUGCGAAGAUCGCUAGGGUCUCUGGGGAGCUUUGGACGCCUCGCCAGUUUUGCAGAAGGUAAAGGUCAAGUUUUGCCGAGCCACACGAGCCUGUCGCAAGGGCUUAGUGUGAACAAAGUCAAAACCGAAAAAGCCGUACCACGAAGUCGUCCGCCUACCUGAUAUCGUGCACAGGACUAAUCCCUCUGCAGUGUUUAUAACAUCUCCGAGAAGGUCCUGAGGAGAUCCCCGGCCGUUCUUGAUGACUUUGAUCGGCACGGUCAAAUCGUUUGAGAGAUUGCUUGUCUGCUUAUGAAGACAAAGAAUACAGUAUUUGUGCCAGCAGAUGGGUAUUCGCUUCACUAGUUGAAGACUGGCAAUUGUAUUAUAUCUAUUAGAGCUACGAAAAAAAAAGCUCUUCGCCAAGUGCUCCAAACUCCUUCCGACGGCUGAGAGUAGAGCUCAAUGCCGAAGAGGGUGUAAAGGUUGUAUGGCUGCUACCGAGAGAUAUUUACCGGGCAGCCUUCUGUUAGCGCACUAGUUUGCGCUUCCUCA